AUGCUAAUACCUGAAAAUCUAUCUUUAAAGCGAUUGGUUUCUUAUGCAUCUGGUUUCGCUGUCCUGUACGCCUCAUGCAUGGCGACUAUGGCAUUAUUUGCGUGGUCCGAAUUGUUUUUGCACCCGCGGCUGUCGAAACAAUUUCGCAUGGACGAUCCGGCCAUAAACAAAAGCUUCAUUCCAAAUGAGACCGUUACAAGCUUGCAAUGUCUUUUGAUUGCGUUCCCACUGCCUUUGGUGGUGCUGACGUGGUGGUGUCUAGUAGGAAGCGACUCAAUCAUUCAGAAUCGGUAUCUGGCACGUUCCCACGCAGGCGUGGCCAAACCAGACUGGGUUCAUGCCAAGUUACAUCUGUACCAUGCUAGCUGUGUGGCACUAGUUUUGAUUUUGGGCAUAAAUGGGGUUUUGACCAAUGGUCUCAAGCUUGUCGUUUCGAACGCCAGACCUGACUUCGUCGCGAGAUGCAAGCCAAAAGACUCACACGCACCGUAUAUCUCGUAUGACCAAUGCACGGAAACCAAUCAGUGGGUUUUGUUUGAGGGCCUCAAGAGCACUCCCAGCGGUCACUCCAGUUUCGCGGCUGCAGGCCUGGGUUUCUUGUACCUGUGGCAAGUGCGACACACACGGGUGUCGCAGUUACGGCACAUUUGGUGCCCAGUAAUGUGCCUGGUGGUGAUGGUAUCGAGAGUGGCAGAUCAUCGGCAUCAUUGGUACGACGUUAUGUCUGGGUGUGCACUUGGUCUCAGCGUGUGUGCGCUGGUUUGGCGAAAUCUCAUGCGGGAGGAGACCACACAGAUCUUACCAAUAUAA